ACCAAUCAACUCUAGUCGGUUUAAUUUUAAAAAGUGAAAUUUGAUUGCUUUUAUUUUUUUGAUUUAUUACCCAUAUUUAUCUAUCAUCUUAGGAAUAUUAUAUACUGAUAAUUUAAUAUAUUAUGUUAAAUAUCAAAAAAUAGACUGUGACCUGCCUGAUGAGAAGAAGAGGGAGAAAUACUUUCUCUAAAUUAUUCCACACCUGUUUGGCUUCUCCAUGUGGAUUCUAAGAUUCAGAUAACAGGCAAUGUCGACAAAAUCUCAAUGAAUAUAUUGGGUUUUUUGUUUAUUACUGGGACUUUAUUAGUCCUAGUAUUAUGUGAAACUACCAGACCUUGGUACGAAACCCUUCCAGCGGUGGCAAUGGAUUACAAAGUGCACAUUGAUGCCGGCAAAGAGGAUUGUUAUUUCCAGUAUGUUAAUCCUGGAGCAACAUUUUAUGUCAGUUUUCAGGUUUUGAAAGGAGGUGACGGAAAAGCAGGGUUUGCAGUACGAAAUCCAGCAGGAGAAAUUGUACAUCCAUACCAAUGGCGUGAAAGCGCAGAUUAUCAAGAUCAAUCAGGAGUAGGAGGAUAUUACAGUGUUUGUAUUGAUAAUCAGUUCUCACGGUUUGCAGCAAAGCUCGUUAACUUGUACAUCACUGUUAUUAGAUACGACCAAUGGGACCGAUUCACGAAGGAAUUAGAAGAUAUGAAUUUAUCUGUAGAAAACUUCACGAAUACCCUUGUGAAUGUUGAGAAGAAUAUAAACGAUAUGUUACAAACGCAACAUUUGAGUCGGGGUCGUGAAGCAAGAGAUAUGAAUUUACUUUUAGAUAAUAAUUCAUAUGUACAACGAUGGUCACUGAUACAGAUAGUUGUAAUCAUUGCUACUACUGUACUGCAGGUAUAUUUCGUUAAACAAUUAUUUCAAGUACAACCAUCUGGAACAUCUAAAGUUCGUAUUUAAAUUGGACUGUUUCGAAAUACUAUCACAUUCGUGUAAAGAACAAAAAAAAACAGUAUACCUUGCUUGAAUGAAGUUUUCGUGAUAAAAUUAUUGAUAAUUUGUAACCAUUAUCAAUAAUUAAUAAUUAUAAAUAUUUUUUAUAUAAUAUUUUCAAUUAAAAAAAAUAACAUUUAAAAAAAGUAAAUGACUGAGUAUUGAUAUAAUCUUUUUUAGACACUGAUAUUUGUAUGUUUCAGUCUAUUCUUUGGAAAAAAUAUACAUUUAUUUUAAACAUUUUUAGAGAUUUAUCAUAUUUUAUCUACAGAUUUAUAUAAAUAUAUAUAAAGAGUACUC